CCGAACUGUAUCAAGUAAAACUGGUAUAUCUUGAUUGAGGAUAUAACACAGCGGAGAAUAAUAAUGUUUCGGAUUGCUUUAAUAUUGUUCAUAGUUUAUCCAGUUAUCCAGGUUAAUGGCAGAAUAAGCAGCCAACUUUCGGUUGACAAAGAAGAUGAUAGUCUUUUAAAUCUAAAAGAACGUCUUUACGAAUUGAUGUUGGAAGAUCGUGAGAUUUAUUCCUGUGGAAUACAAGAUGCCUAUUUGAACUGUGCAAAUAUAAAUUUCUGCCAAUAUAGCAACAUAUGUCCAAAAGGUCAGCAUUGUUGUUCGACGACUUCAUGUGGAAAUAUUUGUCUCUGCAAACCAACCCCCGAUAACUGUCCGAAAUAUUGUACAUAUGGAUAUAAGACAGGACCAGAUGGCUGUUAUAUUUGUGACUGUAAUCCGAUUAAUUUGAAACGACUUCUUAGAAGGAUUCUUGACAAAAAAGAAAAGCAGCCAACUCAUGCAGUUGCAGAGAGAAUAAUACAUUAGAACGUUAUACAGGUAGGGAGUAGAGAAAUACCAUUAAAAAAAGAAGACAGAAUCAACAUUAACGUAUAAUUUACGGAACAUUUAUAUAUUUCGCAGAUACAUGAACCAUAAUUAUGAUAAAAAGAGUUGAUCACAUUUUUCGAUCAAACUGACUUCUGAGUAACGGACAAACCACAAAAUAAACAUGUCAAAUGUGAAUUGAAAAUUAGAUUAUACGAGUUUCUUAUAUACUAGGUUCCUAAUUUUGUCAGUUUUUUUUUUAA